GGGUCUCUAUUCAUCUAGAGGCUGGGGUCUCUAUUCAUCUAGAGGCUGGGGUCUCUAUUCAUCUAGAGGCUGGGGUCUCUAUUCAUCUAGAGGCUGGGGUCUAUAUUCAUCUAGAGGCUGGGGUCUAUAUACAUCUAGAGGCUGGGAUCUCUAUUCAUCUAGAGGCUGGGGUCUCUAUUCAUCUAGAGGCUGGGGUCUAUAUACAUCUAGAGGCUGGGGUCUCUAUUCAUCUAGAGGCUGGGGUCUCUAUUCAUCUAGAGGCUGGGGUCUCUAUUCAUCUAGAGGCUGGGGUCUAUAUUCAUGUAGAGGCUGGGGUCUCUAUUCAUCUAGAGGCUGGGGUCUCUAUUCAUCUAGAGGCUGGGGUCUCUAUUCAUCUAGAGGCUGGGGUCUCUAUUCAUCUAGAGGCUGGGGUCUCUAUUCAUCUAGAGGCUGGGGUCUCUAUUCAUCUAGAGGCUGGGGUCUCUAUUCAUCUAGAGGCUGGGGUCUCUAUUCAUCUAGAGGCUGGGGUCUCUAUUCAUCUAGAGGCUGGGAUCUAUAUUCAUCUUGUUGUAUUUUGCAGGCAGUCUUCGGGGACGUUGCCCCAGAAGAAGACAUGAUCCUGGUGUUGCGGUUCUAUCUCUGGCCGGGGGGCAGCACGGCCUGGGCACCAUGGCAGCACCGCAGGAGCUUACAGCCUCUACUGGCCAGUGAGGAUUGGAUGGCGGCCUGGGGGGCCCUCCCACUUACCAGAGAGGAGUCACCAGAGAGGGGGGAAGAUUCCGCUGAUGGUGGCCAUCUUGUGUGGAAUACAGGAAUUCAUGAUCUUCCCUUGUACCACAGUCCCGCUCCACCCGUCAUUAACCUUUCUGCCACACAUCCUGAAAAGUACGCGGAGAUAUUCGAGACAUACGGUAACGCCAGGGUGCGGCUUUGUGUGUUUAGCAAGACCCGGCCGGAUUUUCCUUUUCCCUCAGAACCCCCGAUCCUUGAUAAGGACAGCGCCAUGGUUCCCGAGGGAGCUUACAUCCCCCAUUCCCGGAGGAAGGCCGUGCUGGACCCAUUCUCCUCUACAGAUGGUAUCGCCGUGUUCAUCGAUGGCGCUCGUUUCCUGCCAGAUGCCGCCACAGUCACUUGUGUCACCGGGAGAAUAUUUGACAAAAACUACGAUCAGAUUGGACCAGACAUUAGUACUGGGAUAGAUCUGAGCAGCGACAUUUUCCAUCCACACUACAAUUAUUCUCUACAGAUCAACUCACCCAACGUUCCACCUACCUCCACCCUGCUCCUGAAGGUUUAUAACUUGGACCGGUUCUGCAGGGAGCUGACUCUGAUUGGCUGGGCGGCUCUCAAUCUCUUUGUUGAAUCUGGAAAGCAGAGAGCGCCCUCGUCAGACUCGAGCGAAGUCCAGGUUUCUUUGAACGAAGGGGGUCACCAGAUCCGGAUAUAUCACACGUCUCCCCCCACCGAUCGUCCCUUCUCUGUGGAGUCACUGGCAUCCUCCGGGCGAUUUGUUCCAUGCGCCACAUUACUCAUCCGGAUCCAGAAAGGAAAAAUCCAGCAGCAUGCAGAGGACCCGAUGGUGGAGCGCCCCCAAUAUUCUCAGGGGGUUUAUUACUCGGACGCGGCCCACCCCUCCCCGGGGGAAGUCCGCCUGUACCAAGCCAUGGUUAGCCGGUCAUUGGUCCAGGUGAGAGAGGUCAUUCCUCCAUUGGCUGGCAGCUUUGGACAGGAUAUGACAUCAGACCUGCACCUCUCUGAUUGGGUCCAGAGAACCUUCAAUGAGAAGAUGAAGAAUUCCACACCUCGACCAUUCCAGCUGUGCGGCGUGUCCCGCUAUCGCGCCACGUCAGGAUUGGUGGUUUCGGUGGACACGGCUCAGAACCUUCCCUGGUCGGGGAUCACGGUGGCUCAUAUUUGCUUUAACCCUCCGGCUGCCCUUUACUACGGAGACCCGUGGAUGAAGUAUGACCACGCCGUCCCUGUGCAUGACAUUGAUUUAGACAGUAGUCAGAACUGUCCAGUCUGGCGGGACGGAUUCAAGACUUUCACCCGCAGAAUGUUCUACAAAUAUCUGACCCUCAUCAUCCACCUGCAUGAGAUCCAACCCCAGGAGGUAGGUGGGCACAGCACCCAACAGGCCGGGCAGGAGGUGUCGGCGAUGGAAGAGCGGACGCAGGAAUUCAGAGCGGGGUCCCAGGCAUGGACAGCUAUGAGGGUCUUCUACAAGAGCUACUGCAAUCUGGGGGCUUUCCAACUGCCUCUGUACCAGGGAGCCCCCAGCCUGGUUGUACUCAAUGCUUUGAGAUCAGAAGAUUGUCGGACAAAACUGAAAGAUCUGGAGCAGAACCAUGUGAUAAGCAGAGUAGCGGCGGCGUCGGCCAUUGUACGGAUAGCAGAUGGGAGACGGCGGGAAGAACUGGAGAGGUUUGGUGCUCAGGAUAUAAUUCGGACGUAUCUGCCUGAAGACGCCAUUGACACGUACGCUCCGCAGCCGAGCGGGAGAAAAUUAUCCGACCUCCUCGCUCCGUCCGGACAGGAAGAGUUCCCCAAACGUCUGGCGAUCUGGUGCAGGAAGUAUCUCAGAACCUUCUACCAACCCCCGAAGGAAACUGACAUUUCUAAUUCUGAAGAUAAAGGAGAACCCCACCUGAGCUGAACCUGAUUCCCUGAACUUCUUCCAAUAAACCAUCACAGACCGACCGACCGACCGACCAACCAAUGUCAGACUCCGAAGACCGAAUACUGAGGACCAUGAAAUCCAUUACACAUGGGGGGCUUAAAUAUGAGGGUUUAAUCACAGCGAUCACCACACCAGUUAUAGUGUCCCUGAUCACCCCCACACCAGUUAUAGUGUCCCUGAUCACCACACCAGUUAUAGUGUCCCUGAUCACCCC